UGGGUGGGAAGCAGAGAGGGACUUGGGGGGAAACGGUGUUUUAAGGGCUUGUUUUACCUCUCAUUAUCCUCUUCUGAUUUUGUUAGUAAUAAUCUCACUUCGCAACUGAAGUUGAGCCUGCUUUGCCCUUGAAAUAUUUCUCCUGGUCCUUACCUCACUCAUGAAACCUUGGUUACGUUUUUUCUCCUCUGCCCAGCUGUAGCAGGGAAGGGUGAGUGAGAGACUCUCUUGGGUGCCUGUUGUUGGGCCAGUGUCAAACCACAGCAGCACAGUAGAUGGAGACUCCCGUUUUACAGGAAAUCACAAUGAAAAGAUGAAGUGGAAUGGCUACACAUUACUCCUGAGGAGAUUGAUUUGACACAAGAGGAAAAUUUUUCACAAUAAGAAUAUAACCUCCCCAGGAAGAGGCGUUUUCACGGACAGCUGUGGGACAGAAUCUUUCUGAGGAGGCAAGUGCUUGGCUGUAAUAUUUCAUUGCAGUCAUGGCUCCUAAGAAGAAGAAUGUGAAAAAGAACAAAGCGGAUAUCAACGAAACAACUAUCAUUGUGGAAGAUAGCCCCCUCAGUAAACUAAAUGGCUUGAAUGGACUCUUGGAAGGAGGAAAUGGUUUCAGCUGCAUUUCAUCUGAGGUUUCGGACCCAUCAUACUGUCCAAACCUCUUGGAAGGUCUAAGCAAAAUGAGACAAGAAAAUUUCCUUUGUGACUUGACUAUCAGUACCAAAACCAAAUCAUUCAGUGUUCAUAAGGUAGUGAUGGCUUCAAGCAGUGAAUACUUUCACAACAUCUUAAAGAAAGAUCCGUCCAUUCAAAGAGUGGACCUCAAUGAUGUGUCCCCAGUGGGUCUAGCUACUGUUAUCACCUAUGCUUACACUGGAAAACUUACUCUCUCACUUUAUACAAUAGGUAGUAUUAUUUCCACAGCAAUUUAUCUACAGAUUCACACCCUUACAAAGAUGUGCUGUGAUUUUCUAGCCCAAGAAAUCAGUGUUGAGAACUGUAUGUACAUUGCCAAUAUUGCAGAAACAUACGGACUAAAAGCAACCAAGGAAGCAGCGCACAAAUUUAUUAAAGACAACUUCAUUGAAUUUUCAGAAACUGAUCAGUUCCUAAAGCUUACUUUUGAUCAGAUUAAUGAACUUCUUGCAGAUGAUGACUUACAGUUGCCUUCUGAAAUUGUUGCAUUCCAGAUUGCAAUAAAAUGGCUAGAAUUUGACCAAAAAAGAGUAAAGUUUGCUGCCAAUCUCUUAAGUAACAUCCGUUUUGGCACCAUCUCAGCCCAAGACCUUGUCAAUUAUGUUCAAACUGUGCCAAGAAUGAUGCAAGAUGCAGACUGCCAUAAGCUCCUAGUGGAUGCCAUGAACUAUCACUUGCUUCCCUAUCACCAGAAUACACUUCAGUCCAGAAGAACAAGGAUCCGUGGAGGUUUCAGAGUCUUAGUUACUGUUGGGGGACGCCCUGCUUUAACAGAAAAGUCUCUUAGCAGAGACAUCUUAUACAGAGACCCUGAAAAUGGAUGGAAGAAGCUAAGUGAAAUGCCUGCUAAGAGUUUUAACCAGUGUGUCACAGUGAUGGAUGGAUUUCUCUAUGUGGCUGGUGGGGAAGACCAGAAUGAUGCCAGGAACCAAGCCAAGCAUGCAGUCAGCAAUUUCUGCAGGUAUGACCCUCGUUUCAACAGCUGGAUUCACUUGGCGAACAUGAACCAGCGGCGCACCCACUUCAGCCUGAACGUGUUCAAUGGCCUCCUCUUUGCUGUGGGUGGCCGCAACUCCGAGGGCUGCCUCUCCUCUGUUGAGUGCUACGUGCCUGCAACUAACCAGUGGCAGAUGAAGGCCCCGCUGGAGGUGCCCCGGUGCUGCCAUGCCAGUGCAGUGGUGGAUGGCCAGAUCCUGGUCACAGGAGGUUACAUCAAUAAUGCUUAUUCUCGCUCAGUGUGCAUGUACGACCCCAGCAAAGACAGCUGGCAGGAUAAGGCCAGCCUCAGCACCCCAAGGGGCUGGCACUGCGCAGUGUCCCUUCUGGAGAGGGUCUACGUCAUGGGUGGGUCUCAGCUGGGGGGGCGAGCAGAAAGGGUCGAUGUUCUCCCUGUGGAGCGUUACAGCCCAUAUACGGGGCAGUGGAAUUACGUGGCGCCACUUCAAACCGGAGUUAGCACGGCUGGCGCCUCCACCCUUAAUGGGAAAAUUUACUUAGUGGGUGGCUGGAAUGAAAUAGAGAAAAAGUACAAGAAAUGCAUUCAGUGCUAUAACCCAGAUCUCAAUGAAUGGACAGAGGAAGAUGAACUGCCUGAGGCCACUGUGGGUGUAUCUUGUUGUACUAUAUCCAUGCCCAACACCAAGACGAGGGAGUCCAGGGCCAGCUCAGUCUCUUCUGUCCCAGUCAGUAUCUAAAGAUAGGUCUAACCAGCAAUAAGUAAAAAUGUUUACCAGCACAGCAAUAUAAUUAACCCUUUAAGUAGAAUUUUUUGGCUUAUAUGGAAAAAAAAAUUAUUUGCUUUGCAAAUGUGCUUUUUAACAGUGCAAACUGGCCAGUUUUCAUGAACUUUAA